CGACAACAUACCCAAUCUAAAUUAUUUUCACUACAAUUUUUUUUUUCUCCAUUUUAGUUUUCUUAUAACUCUCGUACGAAUCAUACCCAAUUUAAUUUCUUCCUUUCCCCUCCAAAAAUCUAAUCAAAGAAGAACCUGCCCAGCAUGGACGCAAACAUGAACAACCUCCUCAAAUGGAGUAUCAAAAACUCCACUAACCAACAAUCCGACGACCCCAAUGCCUCCAAUACUACCACUGAUGCCGCUGCCCGUGGCAUCACUCCAGAGAUGCUCUCCGCUCUCUUCGGUGGCCCCUCCGACGCCGACCUUAUGAAAGCCUCUAUGGAAGCACUACACUCCGAUGAAGUUGACCUCGAGAACAAACUGAUCGCAUUCGACAACUUCGAACAGCUCAUAGAGUCUAUUGAUAACGCAAAUAACCUCGAGCCCCUCGGCCUGUGGACGCCGCUGGUUGAACUCCUUCAGCACGACGAAGCAGAGAUGAGACGCAUGGCUGCGUGGUGUAUCGGUACCGCCGUCCAAAAUAACGAAAAGGCGCAGGAUAAGCUCAUCGUCUUCAACGCUGUUCCUAAGCUGGUCACCAUGUCGACUACGGAUUCGAACCCCGCUACGCGGAAGAAGGCUGUGUUCGCUCUUUCGUCGGCCGUGCGCAACUACCAGCCCGCUAUGGAUGAGUUGGUAAAGCACCUGCCUGAGGGAUAUCCUCAGGGGGAGAAAGUCGAUGCUGGAGACAUGGAGGCUGUGGAUGCCAUUAUGAAUAGAUUGCGGGCGCACCCCGUUCCUUCGUCUGCUUAAAGGAUCAUUCGUGCAUAUGGUUGUUUGAAAUGUCCCAAUGCCUCGCUAUGGCGCGUUUUCA